AUGUUCCGCACGCCGCCGCGGUGUACGUCUACGACAAUGGUCAAAACUCGCAGUGCACGAAAUAAUGAAUGCCCCAACAAUGGUACUAACAUCGGUGAGCAGGGCGACGAACAAGGGAAAGAGAAUGUGAUCGAACCUGGAACAAGCGGGGUCAAAGAGGAAAAUGUAAAACCCAGCACGUUACAAAAGUCUUCGGUAAAGUCGUCGCACAAAUCAAAAUCAAAGAUGGCGUCGUCCGCGAUAAAAGCUCAACAGAAGAAAUUGGAAUUGGAAGCGGCAAAGGAAAUGGCUCGCAUACAAAUGGAAUUGGUCCAGAAAAAGCUGGAGGCUGAUUUGGCUGCUGUGGAGGAACAGUACAGUUCAUGUUCAUCAAGAUGUGACGAAAGCGAGAGUAGAUACGAUGGUAGUAACGUGAAAGAAUGGAUGGAGCGCAGCCAGCGUGAAUUAGAGAGACAGAAAGCUAACAACGAUGGAAAUAACAAAGGCUAUCUGUUUCCUCCGCCGCCAGUUACUGACGGCACUGAAGGGCCCAUUCAGCAGUUGACAAGCGCGCUGAAGGCAUUGGUUGCCACAUCUGCACCCACAAAGAGUCACGACACUAAUCUACUGAGCCGUUUGAGCACCCCCGGGGAGCUGCCUCUGUUCUCUGGUGACUAUAUGGAAUGGCUAUCCUUCAAGAACGCAUAUGAAGAGUCCACAGCAGUAUGCAACUUCAGCGACAGAGAGAACUUGUGGCGUUUAAGGAAAUGUCUGCGGGGUCCUGCGAAAGAAGCAGUCACGGCCUUGUUGAUCAGCACCACGUCGCCUGCAAUAGUGAUGUCUACCCUAGAGUUGCAAUUUGGAAAUCCAGAUUUGAUAGUAACAAGAAUAUUGCAAGAUGUCAAGAAACUUUCACCGUUGCCACAAGAAUAUCAUAGAGACAUAGUAUCAUUUUCUAUCAAAGUGAAGAACUUUGUUGUUUCCGUGCAAGAACUAAAGCGUGAAGAAUAUCUACAUGGAAUAGAAGUGGUAAACUUGAUAUUGGCUAAACUACCAACUGUAUUGCUGUCAAAGUGGGUGGACUAUAGUUACCCGCUCAUAUCUGAGAGAAAGAAACCUAGGCUCAAUAUAUUAUCAGACUUUCUAAAUACUGAAGCUGUCAAAACAUCUACAUGCAGUGCAAACUUAAUGAACAUUCGGUGUGACUACAAACGAAAACUUUAUGGUGAUCAAGGCUGUGAACGCACGCAGACUGUUUUGGUGCAGAGUGACAACGAACGUAGUGACACAUGUCGUUUUUGUCGGGGAUCUAAGCACGAUCUAACAGACUGUAGAAAAUUCAAAAAAUCACUACGCAAAGAUCGCUGGUUUUUUGUGAGGCGUUCCGGUUUGUGCUAUAAAUGCCUAAUCUCGCGACACGAAAGGCAAACUUGCCCCGCUACAGUGUGUGACGUAGCCGGCUGCGGGCAACCGCACCACCGCCUGCUGCACUACACCCCGAGCGCGCGCCCGCACGACGCGGCGCCCGCGCGAGCCGGGGGCGACGCGCCACCGGCCGCAGAGACUGAAACCAGUGCCCAAAGUGAAGCAGUUACUCAUAUUAACACAAACAACUGUUCGGUGUUACUGAAGGUGGUUCCUGUGAACAUUCAUGGACCUAAUGGUGUGUUUAAAGCGUGUGCUCUACUCGAUGACGGCUCCACUGUCUCAAUUAUGAGUUCUGCUCUUGCGGAGCGCGCAGGUAUACGCGGCCGUAAGCAAUCCAUGCGAGUGCGCGGUGCGUGGGACAAUACCGAGCUAGUUUGUGAGACAGAACUAUUGGACUUGACAUUAUCUAAUAAACAUGGCGAGAAAUUCGAUCUUCAAGUGCGUAGCGUGGACGAGCUUAAUUUACCGAAACAAGACUUAAGCAUAGUACAUUGUGGAAAUUAUGGUCACUUACUUGAACUCGAAAGUGAAUUGUGUUGCGCCUCCCUAAAACCAGAGGUGUUAAUCGGUCAGGACAAUUAUCAUCUACUCGUACCUUUGGACGUGGUCGCAGGGGGCCCCGCCGAGCCGUGUGCUACCCGCACGCCGCUGGGGUGGUGCGUGCACGGCCGCGUGCCGCGUGCGCUCUCGGCGCGCGCUCCGCACGCCACGCUCUUCAUCACCGACGCCGCCGUGCACACCGAUGACAACAGUCUCCGCGAACUUCACGACGACGUUCACAACUUCUUCUCCAUCGAGUCUAUGGGAGUCUCCGCUGCUAAACCCCGCCAGAAUGCAGAAGAUCUACGCGCCUGGAACCGUUUGGAAGAGACCGCCACACUUAUCGACGGCAGAUGGCACGUCGGGCUACCCUGGAAAGACAAAGAUUGUGUGCUAACUGAUUCACUGCCGUUAGCUAUGGCUAGACUCAAGCAUGUUGAAUUGAAGAUGAGGAGAAGUAGAGAAUACGCCGAGAGGUACCACGAGCGCCUGCAACACCUGCUACAAAACGACUAUGCAAAAGAGCUUGAAACUGAUAAAACUUUAAACAAGACAUGGUACUUACCUCAUUUUGGCGUUGACAACCCAAACAAAAAGAAAUUACGUUUGGUGUAUGAUGCUGCUGCUAAGACCGGUGGUUUGUCCCUCAACGACUAUCUUCUUAAAGGGCCCGAUCUGUUAAUGUCACUAUUUGGAAUAAUGUUGCGGUUCCGUGAGAAUAAGAUAGCCGUAACAGCUGACAUCAAAGACAUGUUUUUGCGUGUGAAAAUUCGCCCUGAAGAUCAAGAUGCACUGAGAUUUAUUUAUAGAGGAGACCCCACUAAAGCUUUUAGCCCAGAGAUGUUAAAAGAGCCACUAAAAACAUUUGUCAUGACGUCAUUAAUUUUUGGCGCUAACUGUUCGCCGUUCAUCGCACAAUAUGUAAAAAACAAGAACGCGGAUCGCUUCGAGUCUACUAUGCCAGCCGCAGUCAAGGCGAUACAUACUCAGCACUACAUGGACGAUUAUGUUGACAGCGUACCUGAUGAUCAAACAGCUGUUCAACUGGCGAGAGAUAUUAUGUACAUUCAUCUGCAAGGAGGCUUCGAGUUGUGCGGCUGGAAUAGCAACAGCAAGAUCUUGCUGGACAGCGUGCCAACACAAUCCCUUGGGAACACAGCAGUAAGGUUCAAAUCGGGUCAGCAAACUGAUGGUGAUCGAACGCUUGGGCUUUUGUGGCACACUGAAGAUGACACACUACGAUUUGAUGUAUCGUUCAAGAAGAUACCGGAGAACAUUCUAAAUGGAGAAAAAAAGGUGCCAACUAAAAGAGAGAUGCUACGAGUAGUUAUGACUAUUUUCGACGUGUAUGGUUUUUUAUCUCCGGUGACACUUAACGGAAAAUUAAUUCUACAAGAGACAUGGCAAUUAAAGAUCAGCUGGGAUGAUCCUGUCAGUGAUGACAUAUUCACGAAGUGGCUCAAAUGGAUUGAAUUAUUGAAGACAUUACAUGACGUAAAAUUCCCUCGGUAUUAUUUAGCUGCUUCUAUGCCUACGUCGUUUACCACGCCUGAGAGCACGAGUUAUAAAGACCUACAGUUGCAUGUGUUCUGCGACGCGUCUUCGCAAGCAUUUUGUGCUGUAGCAUACUGGAGAUGGAUAGAUGACGAUUCAAAUGUUUACGUUGCAUUUAUAGCAAGCAAAUGCCGGGUGGCGGGAAAUAAGGCAACGACAAUACCCAGAUUAGAGCUGCAAGCGGCUGUUUUAGCGACCAGAUUGGCUGAUUCAAUCACUAAAGAACACAGAAUGAGUGCCGAACGGCGGGUGUUUUGGAGUGACUCCACGACGGUACUACAUUGGAUUAGAAACGACGCUCGUGACUACAAUACUUACGUUGCAAAUCGCUUGGGGGAGAUAGAUGAGCUCACACAUGCUAGCGAGUGGCGUUACGUACCUACCAAGUUGAAUGUCGCCGACAUAGCUACCAGGGAAAACUACGAUAUUUCGGCUCUGCAAGGUGAAUGGUUUAAUGGGCCUACCUUUUUGCACAAAGACGUUGAUGAGUGGCCACUAGAUGUCGUUAACCUGGAAAAUGAAAAUAACAAAUUAGAAAUUAUUACUGUCAUACAAACGGAAGAAAACUUACCUGUGCCGGAACCUACUAGAUUUUCUUCGUGGUUACGUUUGGUCAGAUCAACAGUACGAGUACUUACCUUUAUUGACAGUUUGAUGAUGAUCUUAAAAGAUAAAUAUAAAGACAGAGGUUAUACUUACAGAACGGAUGAUGAUGACAUUAUGGAAAGAGCAGAGUGUUUACUUCUUCGCUACUCGCAGAAUCAGUCAUUCAGCAGAGAGAUUAGUUCACUUCAAGCCUGUAAAACAAUACCCACCACUAGUAAAAUACUUAACCUGUCGCCUUACCUCGAUGAACACGGAGUCCUGCGCGCUGCUGGCCGCAUCGACGCUGCUACCGACGUGCUACCUGAAAUGAAAAGACCGAUUAUUUUGGAUGGGCAAAAUUAUGUCGCUCGUUUGAUCGUCAGACAUUACCAUAUCAAAGCGGCUCACGGCAACCAAGAAAUGGUGGUCAACGAACUGAAGCAAAAAUUUCAUAUAAUCAGAGUACGACCAACAGUUAAGAAUGUAGUGAAGAAAUGCAUGUUAUGUAGAAUGAGGAAAUGUAAACCAGAAAUACCAAGAAUCGGUGACUUACCUUAUGCUAGAAUGGCACAUAACCAUCGUCCCUUCAGCUUCUGCGGUCUUGAUCUGUUCGGUCCGAUGGAGGUCACGGUUGGAAGACGUCACGAACGAAGAUAUGGAGUUCUAUUCACUUGUCUCACUGUAAGGGCGGUACACAUAGAGACAGUGCCCACACUAUCUACCGACUCUUUGAUCAUGGCGCUCCGACGGAUGUCCGCGAGGCGAGGAUGGCCCCGACAUCUUUUCUCAGACAAUGGUACAAAUUUAAGAGGAGCUGACACCGAGCUUAAAAAGUCGAUACUUGACAUGGAUAAGAAGGCACUGACCGAUGAGGCUUCUAACUAUGGAACUAAGUGGACCUUCAUCCCUCCAGUCAGCCCGCACUGGGGUGGGGCUUGGGAACGCCUCAUCCGGAGCGUGAAAACCUCGCUACAUGUAAUACUCAAGGAGAGAGCUCCCCGCGAAGAGACUUUGAGCACGCUUUUAGCAGAGGUUGAGAACAUUGUAAAUAGUAGACCGCUGACUCAUGUUUCAGUAGAACCAGGCAGCAUGGAAACACUGACGCCUAACCAUUUUUUAAUAGGUUCAUCUUCCAACAUGCCACAGAUUGGCGCAUUUGAUAAUUCCGAUUUAUUUCUAAGGAAACAAUGGCGUAUCUCACAACGGCUAGCAGAUAUGUUUUGGAGUAGAUGGUUGAAAGAAGUACUUCCCGACUUGUUGCCACGAAACAAAUGGAACCAGGAACAGAAACCCCUGCAAGUGGGAGAUCUGGUGCUGAUAGUGGAAACAAAUGGGCCCAGAAAUAUAUGGCCAAAGGGCCUAAUUGAGGAGGUCUGUCCAGGCAGAGAUGGCAGAGUCCGGGUAGUCAAAAUAAGGACAGUAUCCGGGGUCCUUACACGUUCUGCUAAUCGCGUCGCUCGCAUUCCUCUGAGCAGAGAGUGCUGCUAG